AUGGUUUAUGUCAAUACCAUGUUUCUGUUUCUUGUGCUACAACAUGCAGUCGUAACUUGGGUUUGGGGCCGCGCAGCUCGGGAUCAUGGUCCUUAUCACCACCAUCCUCGCCACUCUCUGGUCGUGGACAAAGCCGCUCUUCUGCGAUUCAAGAAAGGCAUCACAGAAGAUCCCUUUUCCGUGCUUUCAAACUGGAAUGACUCCGUUCAUGUCUGCCACUUCAACGGUGUAAAAUGCGACAGAAAUCACCACCGAGUUUCUCAACUUGUCCUCAACGAGAGUCAACUCGUCGGUGUCCUUUCGCCAUUUCUUUCGAAUCUCACCGGUCUUCGUAUUCUAUGGAUUGUUAAUAGUCACUUGUUUGGAACUAUUCCUCGUGAAUUCUCUUCCCUUACACACCUUAAAUCUCUCUUGCUUGAAGGGAAUAACUUGUUCGGUCCAAUACCAGAUUCCCUUUCCCUUCUUCCCAAUCUAAAAACUGUAAUUCUCUUGGAUAACAAUUUGAACGGUACAUUUUCCCCUGCUUUCUUCUCAAACUGCUCCUCAUCCUUUCAAAAUCUAGACGUUUCUGCAAACUCCUUUUCCGGAGAAAUCCCAACAGAGAUUGGGAAUUGCGUAAACUUAUGGAGCCUCAAUCUGUACAACAACCGAUUCAGUGGAGUACUUCCUCUGUCUUUAAUAAAUAUUUCAUCACUUUUGAAUUUAGAUGUGGAAUACAAUCAUUUUUCAGGUGAAUUACCCACAGAGAUUAUUGGCAGUUUCCCUUCCCUUAUUUUUCUUCAUCUGUCGUUUAACAAGAUGAAAAGCCAUAAUGGGAACACUGAUCUUAGCCCAUUCUUUGAUGCUGUUCGGAACUGCACUGGCCUAGAGGAGCUCGAGAUGGCGGGCAUGGGCUUCGGCGGAACAUUGCCUGCUUCCAUUGGCCAAUUCCUUGGUGCCAACUUGACAGUCAUGUUAUUGCAAGACAACAAAAUUUUCGGAUCAAUUCCUCCAAGUAUAUCUAAUUUUUCAAAGCUUAGGAUGUUGAACUUGUCAUCCAACCUCAUGACUGGAACAAUUUCGGAUGAAAUGCGCGUGUUACCGAGGUUGGAACAACUGUUUCUGUCGCACAACUGCUUCUCUGGUCCAAUUCCAAAAGUGUUGGGCAAAUUUCCUUCUUUGGGUUUGCUUGAUCUUUCACAUAACAAAUUCUUUGGAGAAAUCCCAGAAAGUCUAGGAAAUUUGUCUCGGUUGAGUAAUAUGUUCCUCAACAACAAUCAGCUUUCUGGUAAGAUUCCUUCCACGUUGGGACGCUGCACGGAGCUGCUGACGAUUGAUUUGUCCUACAAUAGGCUGGCGGGGAAAAUCCCUUCUGAAAUAUCAGGUAUGAGUGGAAUUAGAAUAUUUAUAAACUUCUCAAAUAAUCAGCUUGAAGGCCCUUUGCCACUCGAGCUAAGCAAACUAGAAGAUGUUCAAGAGAUGGACUUUUCAUCGAACAACCUCAGCGGAUCCAUUUUCCCGCAGAUAUCAAGCUGCAUUUCAGUGCGGUUGAUAAAUUUCUCGAAUAACUCUCUAGAAGGGAAACUUCCAGAUUCUCUAGUUGAUCUAAAAGACCUUGAAAGUUUUGAUGUUUCAAGGAAUCACUUGUCUGGAAUAAUUUCAUCAAAGCUGAACAAUAGUGUCACACUUACAUAUCUUAACCUCUCAUUCAACGACUUUGUGGGAACAAUUCCCUCCGGGGGCAUCUUCAAUUCUGUCACCCAAUUGUCAUUCUUGGGAAAUUCGCGUCUUUGCGGAAUAGUUGGUGGCACACCAUUACCCUGCUGCAAGCGACCCCUCUGCACUCACAAGAGACAUUUAUUUCAUUCUCGAGUUUUCCUGAUCGUCUUUCUCAUUAUGACGAUAUUAUUAGCCUUGUUCUUGGCAACAUGUUGUGCCUUCUGCUUCGGGUGCAUUGUUGUGGUUCCAUCCAAAAAGGCUCAAGUUGUAACAGAACCAACAUCACCCGAAUUCAUUCACAACAUCCCAAGGAUCACAUAUAGAGAGUUGGCAGAUGCCACUGAAGGGUUUCAUGACAAGACACUAAUCGGCUCGGGCAGCUAUGGGCACGUAUAUAAGGGAGUUCUUUCAAACGGAACAACCAUUGCUGUAAAGGUGUUACACACGCAAUCUAGUAGCUCGAUCGAUAGUUUUCGCAGAGAAUGCGAAGCCCUGAAAAUAAUUCGACACAGGAAUGUGAUCAGGAUUAUAACAGUGUGCAGUUUCCCUGAUUUCAAGGCACUUGUUUUUCCUUACAUGGCAAAUGGGAGUUUGGACAGCCGUCUCUAUGAACUUCCGUCGAACCGUUUAUCUUCACGUUCUUCUUGUCUGACUCUGGCACAAAGAGUAAACAUAUGCAGUGAUGUAGCGGAAGGAAUGGCUUAUUUGCAUCACCAGGCUCCAAUUGUAGUCAUACAUUGUGAUCUAAAGCCAAGCAAUGUACUUCUUAAUAGUGACAUGACGGCUUUGGUUUCUGAUUUCGGGAUUUCAACAUUGCUAACUCCAAAAGGAGCUGCUGAGAACUUAGAAAACUCUACUUCAGACAAUAUUUUAGUUGGCUCUGUUGGAUACAUCCCACCAGACGACAUGUUUGUUGGGGGGCUAACACUACAGCACUGGGUCAGCAAGAGUUAUCGCCAUGAAAACAUUGAAAAAGUGGUAGAUGCUGGUAUGGCGAGGGCUUCACGAGAUCUCUCAAGUAAGAGGAAGAAAAUAUGGGAAGUUUCAAUUGGAUCUUUGAUUGAGCUGGGCCUUCGUUGCACACAAGAUUCUCCCUCAUCUAGGCCCACAAUGUUAGAUGUUGCUGUUGAUCUUAAUCGGUUGAAGAGAGAUCUUUGUCGUGUCACUAAAAUAAUCUAA